ACACUGUCAGAUUGCUACCCGAGGAUGCUGCCCGCCGCCGCCGCCGCCGGAGGACCGGCCCUGCUGCUGAGCGCCCUGCUAUGGAGCCUGGCUGCCGCCGGCAAUCCAGAACUACCAACAGCAGUUAAUAUAACUUGGUCUUCAAUCAAUUUUAAAACUAUACUGCAGUGGCAGCCAAAACCAUCAGGUUACCUCUAUACAGUAGAAAUCCAUGGACAGACAUCUGACACCAGAAAGAAAUGCAUACUGACAGCAGAAACAGAGUGUGAUGUCACUGACCUGCUCAGGAAUGUGAGAGAGACCUACACAGCACACAUCCUGUCUGUAGCAUCCUCGGGGAUGGAUAACUUUGAAGAACCACCUUUUGCAGUCUCUGAAAAAUUUACACCUUAUAGUCAAACUGUUAUUGGAAAACCGGAGAUACAGAAUUACACACAAAAAGGUUCCAAACUGAAUGUUGUGUUCCAAGAUCCACUUACACCAUACACAUUUCCUAACGGAAGCUUUCAAAGUAUUCGAGAUAUCUUCCAAAAUGACUUGGAAUACAAGAUCUACUACUGGAAAGAUCAAAGUUCUGGGAAGAAAGAUGCAAUAACAAAAAGCCAUAAAUUUGAAGAAAGAGUUGACAGCUCAAAGAACUAUUGCUUCUACAUACAGGGAAUCAUUCCCUCCCGCAGAGAAAAACGCAAUGGUCAAGAAAGCAUGGUGCUUUGUACCAGUAUAGGAAGGAAUAUCUUAGAUGAGUAUGGAGCAGAAUUUUUUAUCAUCAUAGCAGUGAUAGUGAUUGCAAUCAUCACCUCUGCUGUUGUCCUGUCAGUGAUCCUCUGUAAACGCAAGAAGGCAAAAGCUGCAAGAGAAAAGGAACCACUUAAUGGUGUCUAAGAAAAAGUUACUAUCAACACUGAUGUUCAACAGCACUUCAAAAACAAAGAAAAAACCCAACCAACAACAACAACAAAACCCAUGCACUGGGGAAUACGGCAGAGCCUUUCAGCCUCUCCAGUAUGGGAAUUUUGAAGCCCAAACUUUUCCAUGGAUUCAGAAAUCUGUUAGUCACAGAUGAAAACUCCAGAGGAAAAAUGCUGGCCCACUAGUAGCUGGAGGAGUGUUCUGGUGACCUGUUGCAGUAGCCUGACCCUGCUCAUACACUCUUCCCAAGCUCCUUCUGUUGUCCUGUCUGAAACAGGAUUCUGAGCUACACUGACUUUGACUUGACCAGGUACAGCUGUUCUGAAAGUAUGGCCUCUCUGAGCCAGAAGAUUUAUGGUACUUGUGAGGGGAAAAACACUACUUUUGAGAAAUCCCUGCUGAUGGCAGGGGGGUUGGAACUAGAUGAUCUUAAGGUCCUUUCCAACCCUAACUAUUCCAUGAUUCUAUGUGUCCUUUACCUGAUGAAAAGGAACAUCUUUUUGUUUCUGUGAAACAAAACCUGUAUUUAUCUGACUUUUAACAUUAUUAACGGGGGAAAAUGAUCUGUUAGUACAGGUGUGACAUAGAUGCUACUAUGAUUUCUGCACUUCUUGGAUAAAAUUAACUUUGUUUAUCUUAGGAUAGAGACAGGUAAACCAACUGAAACUACUGUACUGGUGACUUGUAAGGAACACUCUUGAAGCAGGUAGCUGCUAUCCAUCUGGAAAGCAUAUCCAGAUUACACUACACUUACAGCUAUACAGACAGGCUAGUCUGAAGAUUCCAAGUAAGUGUUACAACAAAUGCUUUGCAGUUUUUGAGUCAGUAGUAACUCACUUCAUGCAAGCACUGAGUAGGUAGCAGUAUUUACUGCAUUUUAAACCUUAUUUUUAAUUAAACAGUUAGUGAAUGAAUAGCUUAUGUGGUACAGAAUCAAAUCAUCUCGGUGAUGGGACUUGGAGGUACCUGUUGCUUUGCCUAUUUUAAUAUUUAUUUUAUAAAUGGGAAUCUAAUUUUUAUACUGGUGAUAGAUGUAUUUAUGAUGGUAAUUUAUACUUUUCUAGGGAAAUAAAGGUGACUGGCAAAAUCA